AUGCACCAUGUCGCCUCCUACCUGCUGGCUGUCCUUGCCGGCAGUUCCUCUCCCACCACUAAGGAAGGACAUCAAAAGAUCUUUGAUAGCAUGGGCAUUGAUGGCUCAACAAGAUCAUCAGGUGUCAGCAAGCUGGCCAAUGUGCCCACUGGCAGGGCUGUGGCUGUCUUCACUGCCCAGGAUCUGCAGCUCCUGCUGCAGGUUCGGCCCCAGGGCAGAGCAGAGAAGAAGGCAGAGUCUGAGCAGGCAGUGGACGACUUAUUUGACUAG